AUGGACAGUAAUCUGAUUAACAUCGAGCAAGAGGAGUCAAGCAUCACAAUAAAAGCUGCAUUCGAUAGCCGCAUGAAAACAAAUGCAAUAAUAUAUGUGGAUGAAAAGCUGCGCAUUCCACUCUUUGAUGAAUUAACCAGAGGCGAUGAGUUAUCUUCAAUCAAGCAGAUGGCUCAUAUGUGCUCAUUACCAGGCCUUGUAGGAAACGUCGUGGGUCUUCCUGACAUACAUACAGGAUAUGGCUUUCCAAUUGGAUCUGUUGCAGCAUUCGACAUAAACAAUCCUGAAUCAAUGGUGAGUCCUGGUGGUGUUGGGUACGACAUCAACUGUGGUGUAAGAGCGUUGAGAACUAAUAUAGACCUGAAAGAAUUCAGUGAGCAUGCAGAUAGACUUGCUGAUGAGCUUUAUAAUGCAUUGCCAACCGGCAUAGGUGGAGACAAGCGAUCCAGUAUAAGUCUUUAUGAACUCAACUCAAUCCUUGAUAAUGGAUUAGAUCAUCUGCUUAAGUCAAAGAUGAUAUCUGAUGAAGACGUUGAGUACUGCGAAAGCAACGGACACAUGUCAGGAAGCAGUUCUCUUGUGUGCCAGAAGGCCAAGGGUCGCGGUUUAAACCAGUUUGGAUCACUUGGUUCAGGCAAUCAUUACCUUGAAGUCCAAUACGUUGAUGAGGUGUAUGAUGAAGACAAGGCAGAGAUUUUGGGACUGAGUAAGAAUCAGGUUGUGGUUAUGAUACAUUCAGGAAGCAGAGGCGUUGGUCAUGGAGUGUGUCAUGAUGCAUUGAUGAAGAUGGCUGCAAAGAACGGUACAACAGAUUCAAUGAUGUGUUCACAGUAUGAGUCGAAGGAGGCACAAGACUAUCUGGCAGCCAUGAGAAGUGCAGCAAACUUUGCAUUUGCAAACCGUGCAAGCAUAACUGAAAAGGCAAGAAAAGCAUUUGAAAAAAUAUUUCCAAAGGUUAGACUUGAGCUAGUGUAUGACGUAUGUCACAACAUUGCAAAGGAAGAGACACAUAUAGUGGAAGGCAAGGAGUUCGAUGUACUUGUGCACAGGAAAGGCGCAUCCAGAGCAUUUCCGCCAUACCACAGAGACAUCCCAUGGAAGUAUAGGGAGAUAGGACAGCCAGUAAUGGUAGGAGGAUCAAUGGGCACAUUCAGUUACAUACUGUGCGGUGCAGAAAAGGCCAUGAAACUGAGCUUUGGAUCCACAUGCCAUGGUGCAGGAAGACUACUGGCAAGAAACACUUCCAAGAAGACAUUCACAUAUGAAGAUGUAUGCUCUACACUAAGAACACAGAAUAUAGUGUUUCGAUGUCCAAAUAAGGCGGGAAUAGCUGAAGAAGCUCCAGAAUCUUACAAGGAUGUAAACAGGGUUGUUGAGAUAAGCGAUAGAGUUGGACUCACACAAAUGGUUUGCCGCCUAAAGCCUUGUCUGGUGGUCAAGGGAUAG